AUGGCCCGGAAAGCUGUGUCUACCCCGCCUUCCAAGAAGGUCCCCUCGCGCUCGCCUAUCCUGACUAGAACCCGCAGCAAAAAGGUCAGCCAGGAGCUAAGAGAUGAGUCGAAACUAGAGAAAAAGAAAGAAGAGAUCAAAUCCGAACUAGAAAACGACGAGAUUGAGCUUCCCAGCGACAGCGACAGCUCUGACGACGCCGACGAGCUCGAGGGCUUUGAAUCUGCGGACGAUGAGGACGGAAGAGAACAGGGUGGCGUCACAAAGACAAAGCACACGGUGCACACAGUGACCAAGCCUGUUCAGAGCACUGACAAGAGCACCUCGAAACCGAGCGCCAAAUCCAAGCACGGCGUGAUAUAUGUGGGUAGGCUGCCCCACGGAUUUGAAGAGAGGGAGCUGAAGAAGUAUUUCAGCCAGUUCGGCGAAAUCACCAGACUCAGACUCUCGAGGAACAAAAAGACAGGAAACUCGAAACACUACGCAUUUAUCGAGUUCGAGCACGCGGAGGUGGCCAAGAUCGCCGCUGAAGCCAUGAACAACUACCUGUUGUUUGAACACCUGCUGCAAUGUGCCGUUGUGCCGGCUGAAAAAGUGCACGAGAACCUUUUCCAGGGAGCUAACUCCAAGUACAAGCCCGUGCCGUGGAGCAAGAUCGCGCAACUCAAGAACGACAAGCCCAAAUCCAAGGCCAGGUGGGAAAAGCUGCAAAAAAAGUACCAGGAGCAGAAUAAGAAGAGACUGCAGAAACUCAAACAGCAUAAUAUCGACUACGAUCUCAGUGCUCUGUAG